AGUGGGGAAGAUGGCAAGCGAACAGCAACAAUGCCACAUCUACAAAGCUCCCGAUCACAUCCGACGGAGCAACCCAGAUCAGUACAAGCCCUUGGCCUUCCCCGUCGGCCCCUACCACGCCCGCGCCGGCGUGGCGGCGCCGGAGAAGGCUCGGAGGAUCAAGGAGCAGUGCGUCGGUGAGGUCGUCCAGCUGAGCGGAAGGAGCCGCGACGAUUUCCUUGGCCUGAUGAGGAGCGUCCUGGAUCGAGCGAAGCGGUGCUACGCCGACGAGAUCGACAUGGACGACGGGGCGCUGGAGGAGAUGCUGCUGCUCGACGGCUGCUUCGUCCUCGUCUCCCUCCGCGGGACUGAGCGGCUAGUAACUCCCGAAGGGUCGAGGAAGGCAGAGACGAGCGCAGAAGAGAGCUCGGAGUCCUCGGAUGAUCGCUGUUCCAAUUGCUCCGGGGAGGACGACGUGGAGAGUCAGAUGGCGGCGGCGAGCAACGGCGCCGGCAACGCCGCCGUCGUCGAUAGCUGGCACCAUUUCAACGUCGCGAGGGAUCUGUUCCUCAUGGAGAACCAGAUACCGUUCUUCGUGGUGCAGAAGAUAUACGAGCUUCUCAUCAAGAACCAUCCGUACGCGGAGCGCGGGGUGGUGACCGCCGUGGAGGAGUAUGUCCGGGAGGUGAUGGCCGUCUACGCGAAAGGCGCCGACGGAGCGCCGCCACCCGCCGACCACGUCCACCAUUUGCUUCACCUCAGCCACAUGCACCUGAGACCAAGGAUCCAUCCGAUCGGGAUCAGCCGCUGCGGCUUCGCGGCCGGAGGAGCCCUAGCCGUUGGCCGGCUGCGCCGCGCGACGCAGCUGCACGAGCUCGCGGUGCGGUUCAGGAAGCGGGACGCCGGCAGCAUCCUGGACGUGGCGUUCCGCGGCGGCGUGCUGGAGAUCCCGAGGCUGGAGGUCGACGGCGGCACGUGGAGGCAGAUGGCGAACCUCGUCCUGCUGGAGAAGGCGAGCCCGCACGUUGGGCUCUACGUCACGGCGUACUGCGCCUUCAUGUCGCAGCUCGCCGGCACCGCCGACGACGUCGCGCUGCUCUGCGAGAGAGGGGUCAUCGAGCACCACCUCGGCGGCGACGGGGACGUCGCCGAGGGGCUCAGGAGGCUCUGCGACGGUGUCAUCUUCGACGCCAACGACGACGCGUGCAACUACCUCAGGCCGGUAUACCAGGCGCUGGAGGAGCACUGCCGUCGCCGCACGCCGAGGCUGAUCCGCUGGCUGGGAGCACACGCCAGCUGCCCCAACCCAUGGAUGGUUCUUGGCGUCCUCGCCAUCAUCGCUCUGCUCUGUUUCAUCCUGCAGCAGCUGCAGCAUGCCGCUCUAAGGAACCCUGCAACUUAA